GCCUUUCCUUGGCCUGGCUUGAAGUGAGCCAUGGAGGAGGAGGAGGAGGGGCGGAAUGCUUGAAGAAGAAGUAGUGGAGGGGGUGGGGUGAACUGGAUGAAAAGGCAGGCUGUUUCAUGGAUGCCUUCCAGAAUUGUGACUUGUGUGUGUGUGAGUGUGGUGGGGAGAGAGAGAGCGCGAGAGCGCUCGGGUGUGAGGGAAAGGGCGAGUGAGAGUGAUCUCCAUGACAACUAACCCAGCCAGUCUGUGGACUCUCUCCACAAUCAUUUGGGCUGAAAUCUGUGCUGUGAAAGGUCAUGUGAAGGAGUUGUGGGAAGCACAGCAGGUAUUAGACGCCAAGCCAUACUAGUUUUCCAGUGCCUCAGCUAAUAGGGCAGCGCUUUUGUCUGGGAAAUACAAAACCAAGAAUGGCGUGGAAAGGAAACUACUUUAUAUGUCAGGUUUCCAGAUUUCGAGAGAGCAGAAAUGACCAUGACUGCCAACAAGAAUGCCGGUGUCAUCAGGAGAGCUGGAGGAAGUAAGGUGCCCCGGGAUACUCUAGACCGGUGUCAGUCAGUCUCUCCGCCGCCUCUUCUUUACCAACCCAGAAGCCCAACGACAUAUCCCCUCAGUGACAGUGAGGAUUCCUGCCGCUCCAGCAGCUUCACCAAAAAUUCCAAUUCCAGGGUCCUCCUCAACGAUCGGACUACUUGGGGGGUUGCCUUGAGAAGCACCUCCACUUCCCCGUCCGACACCGAGUCUCCAAAUCAGCCACUCAAGGCCAUCAGCAUCGGCUGCUUGGAUAAAAGGCUCUCUCUUUUCCAGAUUGAAGACCCAAAGGAAGCGCUGUCCAAAGAGGCUCAAGAUGGUGAAGCGCUAGGCAGCCAUCCGCUUACCCGGAGCACCCUCUCCUUGGGGACUGCAGCGAACCUGCGGAACCUCUCCCUCAGCAGGGUCAGCGUGCAUUCGCAAGCGCUCGAUAUCAGGCAGAAGAUAUCGGAAUGGGAGUGCCGCAAAGAGCCUUCCCCUAGGAUGAGUGUAUGCUUGGACAAGAGGGAUGUUGGGGAUCGCUCGGGCAGUGAGGGCUGCCCUAGUAUGUUGCCUUCUCCCUGCAGCGAGAAGACUUUUGAAUACAAAGGGACCCAGAGGAUGAGCAGAACGUUUUCGGAAUGCUCCUACCCAGAAACAGAGGAGGAGGAAUUCCUGGACAGAGAUUCCUGCCGCAGGUUUGAGAAGAGGCCGAGCAGAAGCGAGUCUUCAAAUGCUUUCCUCAAGGGGAACGUUAGGAAAGAGAGUUCUGCUGUGCUCAACAGAAUACAGAAAAUUGAACAGGCAUUAAAAGAACAGCCUGGCAGGGGCCUUCCCCAGUUGCCAAGUAGCUGCUAUAGUGUUGAUAGAGGAAGAAAGAAGUCUGUGACUUUGGGUGUUGUGGAGGGCUUGAUUGAGAAUGCAAAUGAUGGCAAAGCAGGGGUUGUUACUGGUGGAAGUAAUCCAGAGACACACGCUGAGACUGAGAAAACUUGUAAAACACUACAAGGACUUAAUACUACAAUUAGUUCUGUUGGGCCUAAGCUGCUGCCUGAGAGCCUUGCAAAAACAGCGGUAAACCCUGUGCCCAAGCCCAAACGCACCUUUGAGUAUGAAGCUGACAAGAAUCAUAAAAUUAAACCAAGCAACGGCCUACCUCCUUCACCUUUGGCUGCUGUUCCUCCCCCUCUCCCAUCCACUCCUGCUCCCCCUGUCACCCAGAGACAGAAAAAAGAGUCGCGCCUUCACAAAAGAUCCCAAAAUAGAAAGUCCUUUGAAUUUGAAGAUGCUUCAAGUCUCCAGUCGUUGUACCCCACCUCCCCGAGUGAGAAUGGUACUGAGAGCCAGCACAAGUUUGGAUCUAAGAGCACUUUAGAAGAGAAUGCCUAUGAAGAUAUUGUAGGAGAUUCACCCAAGGAAAACCCAUACGAGGAUGUGGAGCUGAAAGCCCGUAAUGCAGGCCGAAAAUCCCAGCAGCUCUCUGAAAGUUCCCUAGAUUCUUUUCACAGGAUGUGGACUCCGCAGGACAGGAAGUACACAACACCUCCACAGCUACCUUCAAAGCCCAGCAGCCAAUCUCUACGGAUUGGGAACUGGUCAGAAAGGAAAGGCCAUCGCCUCCCACGGCUACCCAAGAGGCACAGCCAUGACGAUAUGCUGCUGCUGGCCCAGCUUGGCAUUCCCUCCUCUCCCUCCAGCCUGAAUGAGGACAGUCUAAGUACUACAAGUGAACUGCUGUCCACGCGCAGGGCCAGGAGGGUCCCAAAGCUUGUACAAAGGAUCAAUUCUAUCUAUAGUGCAAAAAGAGGGAAAAAGAGAUUGAAGAAGCUUUCAAUGUCCAAUAUUGAAACAGCAUCGCUGAGAGAUGAAAACAGCGAAAGUGAGAGUGAUUCAGAUGACAGGUUUAAAGCUCAUACCCAACGCCUUGUCCACAUCCAGUCAAUGCUAAAGAGGGCUCCUAGUUAUCGGACCUUGGAACUGGAACUGAUUGAAUGGCAGGAACGUGAAUUGUUUGAGUAUUUUGUGGUCGUUUCCCUUAGGAAGAAGCCCUCUAAAAAUACGUAUCUCCCUGAAGUCACAUAUCAGUUUCCAAAGCUAGAAAGACCCACGAAACAAGUUCGUGAAGCAGAAGAACGGCUCAAGGCCAUCCCCCAGUUUUGCUUUCCAGAUGCCAAGGACUGGAACCCAGUGUCAGAAUACAACAGUGAGACAUUCUCUUUCAUGCUGACUGGAGAAGAUGGCAGCAGAAGAUUUGGUUACUGCAGAAGAUUAUUACCAAGUGGAAAAGGUCCGCGCCUACCUGAAGUUUACUGUGUCAUCAGCCGCCUGGGUUGCUUUGACUUAUUUUCCAAGAUACUGGAUGAGGUUGAAAGAAGAAGGGGGAUCUCUGCUGCUCUGGUUUAUCCAUUUAUGAGAAGUCUGAUGGAGUCUCCUUUUCCAGCACCUGGAAAGACAAUCAAAGUCAAGACAUUCCUGCCUGGAGCUGGAAAUGAGGUAAUAGAGCUUCGGCGACCAAUGGACUCCCGUCUGGAACACGUGGACUUUGAGUGCCUCUUCAAGUGCCUGAGUAUACGGCAGAUCAUCCGAAUCUUUGCUUCCCUCCUAUUGGAACGGCGAGUGAUCUUCGUAGCAGAUAAACUCAGCACCCUCUCCAGCUGCUCUCAUGCUGUGGUGGCUUUGCUGUACCCCUUCUCCUGGCAACACACCUUCAUUCCUGUCCUCCCUUCUUCCAUGAUUGACAUUGUCUGCUGCCCUACUCCAUUUCUGGUUGGAUUGCUGUCCAGCUCACUGCCCAAACUAAAGGAGCUACCUGUAGAAGAGGCAUUGAUGGUGAACCUCGGAUCUGAUCGUUUCAUCAGACAGAUGGAUGAUGAAGACACACUUUUGCCCAGGAAAUUGCAAGCUGCUCUGGAGCAGGCUCUAGAGAGGAAGAACGAUUUAAUAAACCAGGAUUCAGACAGCGAAUCAGAUGAGGAGUGUAAUACCCUGAAUGGAUUAGUAUCAGAAGUUUUCAUCCGUUUCUUUGUGGAAACCAUUGGACACUAUUCUCUUUUCCUAACUCAAAAUGACAAGGCUGAGCGAGUCUUCCAGAGGGAGGCUUUCCGCAAAUCUGUAGCUUCAAAGAGCAUCCGCCGUUUUCUAGAGGUCUUUAUGGAAUCUCAGAUGUUUGCUGGGUUUAUCCAAGACAGAGAACUGAGAAAAUGUAGGGCAAAAGGUCUCUUUGAACAGAGGGUUGAACAGUAUUUGGAAGAGCUUCCAGACACUGAACAAAGUGGAGUAAAUAAGUUUCUACGAGGUCUGGGAAAUAAAAUGAAGUUCCUUCACAAGAAGAAUUAACUCCUUUCUACUGAGAUAUGGAUCCAAAGACUAUUUAUAACACUGGGCACAGAACACCAUCUGCAGCUUUUCUGAUUCUGAUGCUGGAGAUGGACAAAAUUAGCUGGUCACGAGUUUAAGUGAUGGCAAAUGCUGUUUGACUGAGUGCCAGGACAAAAAAUAAAAAUUAUGUAUUUGGAUAGAUAUUUGUAAAUAAUGUGCUGUAAGCGUCCUUAACAUUUUCUUUUGUCAUGAGCACGGACAACUGUGGUAAUAUUUGUAUAUUCCUGAAAAUAACAGGUGCCUCUUUCUUUAGUAUGAACUGAAUUAUGCUUGGUGCAAACUGAAUAGCUAAUUAUGUGCAGCUGACUGUCUCAGCAGAACCACUGACUUCAACGGAAGUUUGUGAGAGCUCUGUGGUGUACUGUGGAAGUGAAUGAACUCCAGUGUGGGAAUUUGGGGGUGGGGGUAUGUGAAAGAGGACUGAUUUUUAUAUGACAGAGUUUAUAUUUUUCUUUAGUUUUUCUUUUAAUUCAUUUUUUUCAAAUAAGGUACUUGAUUCACAAUCACAGAUUAUCUGCUUUUGUUUUAAGCAAUGGUCAGUAAAUUCUAAUGCAUUCUGCACUAUGAUUGCUAAACAUGGAGAGAUCUCUGACCUUUUGAUACACAAGUUGCAAAUGAUUAGGUACAGUCCAUUCUUUCCUAAUGUAUGUACGAUUCCUAAUAAACUGUGUAAAUACUUGU